GGGAAAGUUCUCGUAAACGAGAGGCUCUGGGGAAGAGAUUGUUUGACAGUCACGUGAUACUUCCGGUUUUAUCUAUGCCUAUGGUGGAUCUCCAGUUCAGGGUUUAGUGCAAAAAUGUCGUUUUACCGUUCAUAAAAUACAAUGCGUAUCAGCAUUCUGUACACCGACUGCCGUGGUGGAUGGCCUCACGGUGUCUGCGCUUUUGCGAAUGUCUGUGGCUACAUCAGCACCACUAUUUGGUUUCUUGUUUUGGCUCCACAAAUAUGGAAGAACUGGAAGCGACAAUCCGUGGAAGGUCUCAGUAUUUUAUGGGCCACUGCUAACUUCACAGCUUCUAUAGUAAACUGUUUCUUCGCUUUUUCUAUCACAUUGCCUUUGUAUCUUAAAAUAUCAGCUGUGUACAUGCCUGUAUUAGAGUUUCUUAUUCUAGUUCAGUUUUGGUUUUACUCGAAGCAUCAUAUCCAGUUUAGGCUAUGUUAUGGGGCAGGUUGCUUUGUCAUUUGGAUUGCCAUCAUAACUUUGGAACUUUCCGUGGAUGGAGCGGAAGAAAAUGUUCAGUGGAUCGCAAUUGUGCUAUGGUCUAUUGAGAGUUUUCCGCAGGUAAAUGAUGAUUAAUAUAUCCUCAUAAUUUACUAUUAAUAUUAUUCGACUACUGUAUAUGUAACCAGGCCCUCCCAGACAAAGUUGAACAAUCAGAUUACACAAAAACAACAAUGCAUUCCAAGAGAUUUGGUUGUCGUUCCUAACUACAACAAAAUGAAAUAAACAACAUGGAUCAAAGUCAACCACUAUUACAACCUUCCAAUGUGACCUUUUGAACACACUGAAGAAAGGGCUUUCGUUACUUUUAGGGGACUGUCGCUUUAUAGAGCAAAAAACUUACUGAAUGCACGAGCAAAAUGACUAGUUUAUGCGACAAUAAGAUGGAUUUAUACGCCAAAUGUAAAAUGUAGAACGAGAAAAAAAACAUGAAUCUAUUUUAGUUAUUUUCUGCUUUAUUCUCGCCUGAAUCUAUUGUAAAUUGCCUAAAAUCCCAAAAAUUACAAAGAAAUGUCCCGACUGUGACAUUCUUGGUUUGCGGCUGAAAGAUGCUUUCAGGAAUUACCAGUAUUUGCACUUCAUUCAUUCUUUGUUGUUGAACUGAUAUGACAUUAUUUUUUCAUUUUGCUCGCAAACUUACUUGUUUGCCUCCAUAAAGCUACGGUCCCCUAAAAGUAACGAAAGCCGAAGAAAGUAUACCUUCCAACUCUCACGCAUUAUGCAUGAGUCUAAUGCCUGUGGACUAACGACAUCGAUCUCCCACAUCAAGGACAAUUUCUCACGCCUGACUCACAAAUCCAGACAAAUUGAUUUUUAACACAUGACGACUUUGUGUCCUUGUUUGCAUUCUAACGAAAUCAAAGCUGGAUAAAACUUUGGAAGUGCUCAAACAUCUUUGGGGUUUCCAGGGUGUGAUAAAUGCAAAUUUUGCUUCCUGGGGCCCAUUUCUUGAAAGUUGUGGAACGUUUUGGAUCCUAAAUCAAAUAUUCAAAUCAAAAUCUAAACAAUAAAAGAGCAGGUCUGAGGCAACAAAUCAGUCCAUUUUAUUUAGCAUGUUAUCUACAAAUCUACUGAAACCUUGACCUUGAAUGCAAACAACAAAAGCUUUCCAGGCCCAGUAAUUCUCGGGACUACAUUGAGACGGAGGUCUGAAAAGUGCUUCACAUAAGAUUUGUGGAGCCUAAUUUGAAACUUGAACAUCCACCCCGCCCCCUGAGCAUUUGAAAACAUUUAUUGCGGUCACUGAAUAGAAGCACUGAAGACUCAUUUAUUCAGGGUUAGCCUUGACCUAAAGUAAAAUAUUCACAAAUACCAGCACAGUUGUACACAGGUCUUCUUCUGACUGGGAUUUGAGAAUAUGUUUACCUUGGGUCGAGGCUAACCCUGCAUAAAUGAGUCGUAAGUUCUUCCUCCGCAAUGAUUUCGAAACUGGACUAUUCUCUAAUCUAAUUCUUUAUCAAAAUGUAUGGAGAUAAGUCAUAAGGCUGUGAUGGUGUAUAAAUCUUUGAAUUACUGUGCACCUGAUUACCUGUCAUCAAAAUUUAUUCUACACAGUGAUAUAUUUAAUCCCUACAAACUUACAGAUUUUGAAAAUAAGCUUGCAGUUCCCUUGCCACGUACCAAUAACAGUAUAGAAAUAGCUUCUGCUACAGUGGGGGGCUGGUCUGUGGAACAAUUAUUUGCUAUCUGAUGUAAGACAAGCAAAAUCUUUGACUAGCUUUCAGAAACUGAUAACUCCUAGCUUGAACACAGCAUUCAAAGAAAACAGGCCUUAAUUUAAUAAAUAAAUUAAUUUUAUUUCAACAUUCAUUAUUGUAAGUCCUGUAUUACUGUUAAUUCAAUAGUUUGUAAUACUUUGGGAUUUCAAAGUAUGUAUGUACUUAACCAUAUUUGUAUAUUAGCCUGACCUUUUACCGUGUAUAAAAAAUGAAAGUGAUGAUGAAUUUGAACGUGGGCUCACCCCAGUUUCCAUAAUUUUUUUUUCUUACUUGGUAGUCUAGUCCACACCCCCUCGGUAUGGAGGAAGAGACAAUAAUCCUGGGAGUCGUUACUUUUAUCCCAGAGUCAUUUUCUUGUUUUCCACCAGUCAUAUUGUCAAUCAGCAAAUGAACUGUCUGCAGGUGAUACUAAAAUAAUUUACAAUACUUUCACUACUUUUACUUUCUUGUGAUUCCUUUUAAGCUUCAUUUACUGACAUAAAAGAGAGCUUCAGAUCAUUCCUGUCUCAUCUUACAACUGCCUUUUUGUUAACUACUCAGGUCAUUUUGAACAUGCGUCUCCGUACAACAAGUGGACAGGCCACACCCUCUGUUGUCCUGGGACUUAUGGGUAAAACAGCAGAUUUUCUGUCCAACUAUCUUCUGCUGUUACCAUCGCAAUAUGUGGUCAUGACAUACUUCUCAAGUACACUGGCUUAUAUCAAUGGAAUUCAGGCAAGUUAAUUACUGUACAAUGUCUUAACCCCUUUACCACAAAAAGGGGACAAAAACUAAAAACAUUUUCAUUUUGUAAAUUCCUGAAAAACAGAUAGUAUUAUGUGAAAGUAGUCCCAUUGAGGUGUCAUUUGAAUUGUCAAAAUGCAGGAUUUCAACCCCACACUCUGAGAGUAAAAGGGUUAUUUGACCCUGUCUGUACUAGUAGUACACUUCUGUUGGAACUCACAGUCAUUUUUGUUCAUUUUGGCCUUGUAUCCACACUACAAGGCUAAAAACAAAGGUUUUCCAAAACGCUGUUGAAAAUGUUAGUAUGGACAGACCACUCUAGCCAAGCAUGACCUGGCAGCUAGGCAGUAAAUUGAAAACUACACAGUUGAGACUAACCUUGGAAAACAAACAUCUCAAAAGAUGGCUGAUAGGAUGAUAACAGCAAAGUAUCAAAAAGUGUCAUAAAUGUUUUGAAAAAACAGUCACUUUGGGUGUGUAACCCUUCUUCAGUGUUGCAUUUAGGCUCUGUGUGGAAGGUCAAGUCAACAAUGAUGUGUAAAUGUUAGUGUGGAUGAGGAGCUUUUCAAAAAUGUAUUUGAGUGAACAUGGCUUUAGAGAGCUAUACUGUUGCCAUGGUGUUGGCAUGACUUUUUUGUGAAUAUCGCACAGUUCAGUUUUUGUGUGAUUUAUGCCAUUUGCUUUAUUGUUAAAGGUGGGAAUCUCUGCGAGCCACCUUAACUAGAACCGUGCUCCUUUCUUAAUUCUUUUAACAAUAGUUUAACUGUAUCCCUUAUGCUCGACUAUCCUUUAUUUCAACAGGUUAUCUGGUAUCCUAAACCACAACCAAGGAGGGCUGCAAUGACGUCACGACCAACAUACGGAAGUCUGCGCUCUUUGAAUGAAGAUGCCCUGGAAGCUAAUGACUGUGAUCAAAUCCCGCUCAUCGGCGGUGAUACCCAAGACUCUAUAGAAGUUGAUAGAGCCUCUGAAGAGGAAUUGGCCUCAGUGUGCACAGUUUUCAGACCGAAUUUUAAUUUUCGCGUCAGAAUACAUGAGAUUCCAACGUAUCAGCUCUUUUUGGCGGGUUAUCUUCUUCUCGCGCUCUUGGUUUUCAGCGUGUGUAUCUGCGUGAACACGAAGUCUGCGUGGGGCAUUUUCGCGCCAAUCGUGGUUGUUGUUGUGCUGUUUGGUGCACUUUUGUAUCGGAACUAUCGUGAGGGACGCUUUCACUUCGCUGAUUCGCUACUGGCUUGGCUCGACAGCUGCUGCGCAGAUCAACCCGUGCAAUCCACGUGGGUACCACGUGAACAGCCAGAUGGUAGAUGAAGAAUGAAGCAAAAGAAGCGGCAUAUUUACAAAGUUAACACGUGAUGUAGCGUGUGACCAAUGGGCGUGGUACCUUCGGACAAUAAGCGUUCUCUUUGUGAAAUGUUUUAAUCUUCAUAGCGGUCAUUUCAGUGAAUCUAAAUCCGGAUUCUAAAUUUGAUAAGUAGAUUUUCCGUUUUCUUUAAGACAAAACUUAACCUGGAUCGUGAUCUUAAUGUUAUACGUCCGUAGGUGAAUCUUUCAUGUUGGUACAGUUGGGUACCUCUAUGUGCGCCGCACGUGGAAUGAGAAUAUUUCUGAUUAAUUCAGAUUUUAGAGUAGCAAUGUGAACUCAGAUUUAAGAGCAGCAUUAUAAACUGCUAAUGGCCAAUUUAUUUGCUUGGUUAAGAUCCCAGCAGCUGGAGGAACUUGUGGUCGACUGCUCAGCGGCCGACGACGACGACGACGACGACGAUGGCGACGACGACGGCGACGGCGACGGCGAUGAUGGUGAUGACGAUGACGAUGACGAUAAGUGUCCUAACUGUCAAACUUAGAAAACCAAGAGCAGCUGGAAUAUUCAGGAAUGUGUAUUGUGUUAUAACAAUCACACUGAGCAAAUCUCAGGAUACGAGAGCGCGCUACAAAACCACAAACAAAUUACCGUUGCUUCGUGCGGUUUAACUUUCUCACAACUGAAUGGCUUUUUCCUUGCA